ACAUUUUCAUGACAAAUUAUUAUUGUAUAAAAUUAAAAUUUCUUUGGAAAAGGAUAAUAUGAAUGCGAUAAUACUUAGAAUGAUGAAUAUAUCAUCGAGAAGUUCAAGAAAUAUUAAAUAUUUCAAAAACUUUAAAGUAUGUUCGGUCGAACAUUUCCCAAAGGAACAAAAUUCGCGAUUUUUGUGCAAUCAAGUUAUGCUAAACUCGACUAAUUUUAAACAACAAAAUAAAAAGUAUCCGAUAUUUCCUAUUGUUUUUGCUGGAUUAUUUUUUAAAAGUAAAUCGGAAGAAGAGGAAUCUCCGGAGCAUCAUUUAAUAACUACAAUUAAACGUUCUAUAUUAUGCAUUCAAAGGCAAGAAUAUAAUAAAGCUGAACAAAUGUUGCAUCUUGCAUUGAAAAUUGCUCAAGAAAUGCAACAUAAAGAUGGUAUUACAUAUGUUUACGAUGUUAUGGCAAAUUUAGCCAUGGAACAAGAACAGUUUGAAAAGGCUGAAAAGCUUUUUACGGAAGUAAUGAGACGAUUACUUGGAGAUGGAUACAAAGAAGAUGAUAACAAAAUUCUUCAUAUAAGUUCUAAAAUAGCUCAUAUGUCACAAUUAAAGGGUCAAUUAGAAAAAGCUAAACAAGGUUUCAUUUGGACAAUUGAAAAGAUAGAACAGAAGUUAAAAUCAUUACCAAAUGAUAACGAUCUUCUAGAGUUAUAUGGUCUAACUAAAAAUUGGUAUGCACAACUUUUAAUGCAAACUGAGAAAUUUGCGGAAGCCAAAACGAUGUUUAUACAAGCUUAUGAUAUAUUGACAAAUGAAUAUGGAAAAUUUAACGAAGAGGCACUGAUGAUUUUGAAUAAUUUAAGUGUGGCUUGUAUAAAUUUAAAUGAUCACAUUGAAGCAAAAAAAUACUUAGAGGAGGCUUUAGAAUUGGCGAAAAAUUUGCCGGAGAUAGUAGAAGUCGGUGUACUAAAAGCGAAUUUGGGUCUUUUGUACCUUAAAGAGGGCUUGGUAGAAAGUGCAAAAGAGAUUUGUUCAACAGCUUAUAGGUAUGGGCACAAAAUAAAGGACAAACGUGUGAUAGAACAGGCGGAAUAUUGUUUAGAUCAAAUUCAAGCAUCAUUAAAAAAAUAGUUAACAAUUUUGUUAAAAUAAUUUGUUGCAAAAGUUCAAAAUACAGUUAAAAAAAUUAAAUUAAAAUAUUUACAAGGUAAGCUGAUUUUGAAUACGAGUAUGUCGUAGCAAGAGGAAAAUUUCCCAAUUGUUUGUAAGAUGAAUCAAAUUUUAUAAUUUAUUUAUAUGUUGUAAUUUAGUACCAAAUUUAUCUUUAAUAAAUUGAAAUUUUGAU